AUAAGUAAGUCGAUUCCUGUGGGAUUUAUUUACGACCGUGCUCUCCCGGUGGACAACUUUCUGGUUUUUAUUGUAUUUUGUGUCGGUAAGUUAAAAGACCGGAACCCCGAAUAAACCUGCCGAUAAAUCUGUACCGGGAAACCGUGAAACGUAGUUAACGAGCUAAUACAAACCGAGCUAGGAGAAACGAGCGACGCGUUACGGAAUGGAGUCGGGAGGGAGUCGCUCGUCUCGUUCAGGACAUGGCCCUAAACUUCACAUUCCUCAGUCUGAUUUAAUAUGUAAAACUGGUUGUGGGUUCUUCGGGAAUAUCGCGUGGCAAGGCUACUGCUCAAAGUGCUACAAAGAGUAUUUCCUGCAAAGGCAGCAACAUCAGGCGGCUUUUGUCCCCUCACCGUCAAGUUCUCUUGGGCGCAAAGUUGAGAGAUCGCAGAGUGAUGCAAGCACAUUCUUCAACAAACCAGAGAGCCAUUCUUCGACACUUCCCCGCCAUGGCUUUUCCAGGUUUGAAGAGAAAAAGAGGCAUAAUCAAGAGAUGAGAACAACAGCUGUCAAGUCACUCUUCAGGAAGACACCCACCAAGGGUUUGGGGAGCCCGAAAUCAAAAGACAAGAGAGCCCUCAGUCCGGAAUCUCAUUCAGCCAUUAUAGAAUUGGAUCAAUUUCUGCAAACACUACCACAAAACGCUGCCCAUCAUGCCUACAGUUUCUUGAGAAUGCAAGCCCAAAAACUGGACGGUCUUGUAUCAUCUGGGGUCCUCACUCCUUUGGAGAUAUCUGACAGGGUUCACAACAUUUAUCAAGUCUUUGACGAAAAGCUGAAAACUCAUUCAGGUUUCUUGGACAUGACCAACAGCUCGAUGGAAUCCUUGUUGGAUCACAGUGAACGUUACCUGACUCGAUUGUUGUACAAAAAACUGUUUUGCCCUCACACCUGCGAUGACGAAGAACGCGAUUUGGCCGUUCAGAAACGUAUCCGCAGUUUGAAUUGGAUUUCGGCCCCACUUCUCGACUGUCGAAUCAACGAACUUGAUUCUAAAGUGCGAGAUAUCCUCGAGAAGGCCAUCACGCAUCUCAUUGAAAUGGACGGCCAGAGAGCACCUCAGGACAAGCUGGCAUCGAUUAUAAAUUGUAGCAAGUUGGUGUUUGAAAUGUUGGGAUUGUCCCACAAUUCAAAUGCCGAUCAAUCACGAACUCGUGCGGAAGAAGAAUCCAGCGAAGGUCAGACGAAAGAAAUGACCGAAGGUGAUGCGGUAGAGCCAACUGUUUACAGUUCGCACCCGGUGAGUGCCGAUGAUUUCCUGCCGGCGCUCAUUUACGUAGUGUUGCGUGCCAAUCCACCACGCAUUCAUUCCAAUCUCAAUUUCAUCACGAGAUUUGCGGCCCCUGGUCGAUUGCUCCAGGGCGAGGGUGGAUACUACUUCACCAACUUGUGUUGUGCCGUUUCUUUUUUAGAAAACUUGACGAGCGAUUCGUUGGGAUUGUCGAGCGAGGAAUUUGACCGUUACAUGAGUGGCAAGUCCAUUCCAUUUGCGUCGCUUCAAGCCGGUGUGAUGGUGUCGGAGGGUUUACGUCUCAUGUACCAAAACAUGUCGACCCUGUCGGAGCUGAAACACAAGCAGACAAACCUCCAGCAGCAAAUCCUCGAGCUGAAAAGCGACAUGGAAAUCUUCAACGAAUGUGUGGGCAAGGAAGUGGUGGAGUGUUUGCAACAGUUUCCCGUCCAGAUUCGGGGCAAACGAGCUCCAAUCAAACCUGAUGAGGUGCAGCCCAAUGAGAGUGAUACUCUCAAGCUGCUGCCUCCUCCGUUGCUUCCGCAUAAAAUCAGCGCAGAGUCUGCCCUUCCGCCCUUGGUGGAUUCGAUAUCAUCCAAUUUGGAGCAUCUCGUGCCGGACGUAGCCGCAGCUGCACCCGUGGGACGCAGGGUGGUGGCCACCGACAAUCUACUGGACGGAUCGAUCCAGGAACUUGAUCUGCUAGCUCUUAAUGAACUGUCGAUAAGUUGCUCGUCCUCUGGAGAGUCAAACACUCUGCUGCUGGAAACUACAGACGACGACCCGUUUAGUUCACUUUCUCUGACCGUUCAAGGCCGGAUCAUUCCGUGUAUUCCUUGCGAAAACAUUUCACCCACUGGCCAACAACUCCCUCCCUCCAACUAAAAACUCCCACCUCAAUAGUUUUUGUUUUAAUGAUUUGAUUUCGUUUUCUCCAAUCGAAAUGAA